AUGCCUUCAGAGGAGACAAGGGAACGCAUCAACAAAGUCGUUGAACUGAGCCGCACGGUCAUUCACUACGGAUGGAUUCCUUUCAUCAUCUAUGUUGGGUUCACGAGGAGCAACCCACAACCAUCUCUUAUUAAGUUGAUCAGCCCGCUGGCAUAG